GGCGAAUCAGUGAAGCGGGUGGGCGAGCUGCUUUAAACCACUCCUUGAUUUGCAUCCUUAUCGAACGAGAGAAACUCACUUCUCUCCCAAUCCCUCACAAUUCUUCGAAUCGCUCUCCAUUCAAAAGUAAAUUUGUCUCAUAAGGUUUCUGGGCAAUGGAAUUGCAAGCAAUCUAGCAUUUGAGGUUUUGAAAUCGUUCAUCUCUCCCAUGUUCUUGGCUGCUGGGGUUUAGUUUUGGGGUUGAAGAUGGCUGUGAACUUCCAAUGUUCUAUGCCAUUUGAUAGUCAAUGCUCAGUUGGGGUCUCAGCUAUUCCUAGAGUAAGGAUACCAGCAGAGAAUUGGAUUAGCAAAAAUUCUUUGCAAAAGAUAGUUGAUGGAAGGAGCUCUCCUUUGGGCUUAGGACAAAGAGAUGCUCCAUGCUUUUAUCGUUUCAAGUGUUUGGCAAACUCUCAUAACAUUGGUUCAUUCCCUAACAAUGAUCCGUUCCUGCAUCUGCACCCUGAAGUCUCUGUGCUCCGAGGAGAAGGCGAUAACACCACCAUGUUUGAUCCAAGGAAGGAAAGGCCGGGUAGCAAUGCCACUGAGAACAUAGGGGACUUUCCUCUUCCUAAAAAUUGCAAUGAGGCCAAGAUAAAGGUUAUCGGUGUUGGUGGUGGAGGAUCAAAUGCUGUUAAUAGAAUGAUUGAAAGUUCCAUGGAAGGUGUUGAGUUUUGGAUUGUAAAUACUGACGUGCAGGCAAUGAGGAUGUCACCUGUCCAUCCAAAGAACCGCUUGCAGAUUGGACAGGAGCUAACUAGAGGUCUUGGUGCUGGUGGCAACCCUGAUAUUGGUAUGAAUGCUGCAAAUGAAAGCAAAGAGAGAAUACAAGAGGCAGUUGCCGGUGCUGACAUGGUCUUUGUGACGGCUGGAAUGGGCGGAGGGACUGGAACUGGGGGUGCUCCUAUUAUUGCUGGGAUUGCAAAGUCAAUGGGCAUAUUGACUGUCGGCAUUGUUACCACACCUUUUUCAUUUGAAGGACGUAGGCGAACUGUGCAGGCACAGGAAGGAAUUGCAACCUUGAGAAGCAAUGCUGAUACGCUCAUUGUCAUUCCAAAUGACAAAUUGUUGACCGCUGUCUCUCCAAAUACCCCUGUGACAGAAGCAUUUAACUUAGCUGAUGAUAUACUUCGACAAGGUGUUCGUGGAAUCUCUGAUAUAAUCACGGUGCCAGGUCUGGUUAAUGUUGACUUUGCUGAUGUUCGUGCAAUUAUGGCAGAUGCUGGUUCAUCAUUAAUGGGAAUAGGAGCAGCCACAGGCAAGUCUAGGGCUAGAGAUGCUGCUCUAAACGCUAUUCAGUCACCUUUAUUGGAUAUUGGAAUUGAAAGGGCUACUGGAAUUGUAUGGAAUAUAACUGGAGGAAAUGAUUUAACUUUGCAUGAGGUCAAUGCAGCUGCUGAAGUGAUCUAUGACCUUGUUGAUCCAAGUGUAAAUUUAAUAUUUGGGGCUGUGAUUGACCAGUCUUUCAGUGGUCAAGUGAGCAUUACUUUGAUUGCAACUGGAUUCAAACGCCAGGAAGAAACAGAAGGCCGCCCUUCGAAGGGAGCUCAAUCUGGUCGAGCCGAUGGUCGUGUGUUUUCAUCCUUCACUGAAGGCAGUACCGUGGAGAUUCCCGAGUUCUUGAGAAAGAAAGGACGGCCACGCUUCCCAAGAGCUUGACAACUUCGCUCUAUAGUAUCCGUCUCAUGAAAAAUGUUACUUUCCAGUCGACGGAGAUCCUAUCUAUGUGAUAUCAGUCUUUGCCAUGCCUUCCAACAGUUCAUUGACCUCUAGAGUUUGUUCUGUGUUUCUCUCCCACUAGUCUACUUCUAUUCAAAUCAUAAUAAGGAUAUAUAUUGAGGUGUUAAUUAGUGUUGCUCUGUUUACUGCACAAGCUCAACAUAAUAGUUGUAUAUCACUUGAUUUCUUUGUUUCAGUGUAUAUAUGGCAUUAAUGAAGUCAAAAAUACACAGUUUUUGCGUUUCUUUGAA